GGAGGCCAACACAUAAUUCCUUUGCUGCCGCAGCGUGUCAGAGACACCCGAUGAUAACCAUCAGUGGAGGUUUUGCAACUCAGUGUGUGAAGCCUCCUGGGCUGAGAGCUGAGCAGUGCCUGCCUCUUUGGGAUGGCCCUGGUGGCAGUUGCCGGUCUGCUAGCUGAACGCAGCACGGGACAAGGGCUGAGGAGUCUGUGCCAGAGAUGAACCUAGCCACACAAUGAAGCCAGAGGCGCGCUCGGAGGUCCAGGACGCCGCUCGCACAUUCGGGGUGCCUUCUGCCCCUCGGCCUGGGCCCGAGACCUUGUACCAGCCUUUGGGACUGCCUCCCGGAGGAGCCCAACAAGCCCAGGCGGUGGCUGCCUGAGCCGCCCGUGAGUGUCCCAGCCGACCCGGGAGAGACGGCCCCACUCUAGGCUCCGGGCCGGCAGAGAAGCUUGGCCCUGAGUUCCAGUAGGACAGCAGCCAGAGGCAAGCACUGAGGGGCCAAGGAGAUGGAAGAACAGGUGUUCAAGGGGGACCCAGACACUCCUCAUUCCAUCUCCUUCUCCGGCAGUGGAUUUCUCUCCUUCUACCAGGCCGGGGCUGUGGAUGCCCUUCGAGACUUGGCCCCCCGGAUGCUGGAAACGACCCAUCGCUUUGCCGGGACGUCGGCGGGGGCAGUGAUUGCGGCCCUGGUCAUCUGCGGGAUUGAAAUGGAUGAGUACCUCAGGGUCCUCAAUGUAGGUGUGGCCGAGGUGAAGAAAUCCUUCCUGGGACCCUUGUCCCCAUCUUGCAAGAUGGUGCAGAUGAUGAGGCAGUUUCUGUACAAGGUCCUGCCUGAGGACUCUUACAAGGCCGCCACGGGGAAGCUCCACGUGUCCCUCACGCGGUUCACAGAUGGAGAGAGUGUCGUGGUUUCAGAGUACACAUCCAAGGAGGAGCUCAUCGAGGCACUCUACUGCAGCUGCUUUGUCCCCGUGUACUGCGGCCUCAUUCCUCCAACUUACCGGGGCGUGCGCUACAUCGAUGGGGGCUUCACGGGCAUGCAGCCCUGCUCCUUCUGGACCGACUCUAUCACCAUCUCUACCUUCAGCGGGCAGCAGGACAUCUGCCCCCGGGACUGCCCCGCCAUCUUCCACGACUUCCGCAUGUUCAACUGCUCCUUCCAGUUCUCCCUGGAGAACAUUGCCAGGAUGACCCAUGCCUUGUUCCCGCCAGACCUGCUGAUCCUGCACAACUACUACUACCGAGGGUAUGAAGAUGCCGUUUCCUACUUGAGGAGGUUGAAUGAUGCUUAUCUCAAUUCUCCCUCCAAGAGAGUGAUGUUCCCCCGCGUAGAAGUGUACUGCAAUAUAGAACUUGCCCUUGGCAAUGAGUGCCCUGAAGGCAGCCAGUCAAGCCUCCAGACAGAAGAGGAAUCCAUACAACUUCACGCACAGUGGGCUCCCAAAGAGGAAGGAAAGGACAGCCAUGGUCCACUUGUGUUGUCGCCUGUGGGGAGACCUGAAUCCACACGUGAGUGUCCUGUAGAAUCACCCGUUUCACCAGCUGGCUCUUCAUUUGAGCAGUCACCUGCCACUGCGCUGGCCUCAUCACCAUCACAUUCUCCAGCUGACCUGAUGCCUGCAUCACUCCCAGCUGGGCACUUAGCACUCAGCUCAACACCUGUCCAAUCACAGCAGCAGGUACAAACGACCGGAUCACCACCAAGAUCCCCAUCCUCCCAGUCAUCUGUGUCACCCAGGCCACCGGCUGUAGUGACAUCUCCAACAUUGCCCCAAUGUUCUCCUUCAGCGUCACCUACACAGCUACCCGUGGAAGACCUGGGCCCAGAACAGCCCCAAGCUCCCCUUGCCUCUUCAAGUCGGAAAGGUGCCAUGCCUGUGGUUAACGUGAAGGAAGCCACCAACAAGCCCUAUGCAAUGGACAACCCUGCCGAAGACUCAAGUUGGAUGAGCAAAAUAUUCAAGAAGAACAAACAAAAGACAAAUAGCACCAGAAAAGGCUUCCCAAGACAUCCACGGUCCAAAAAACCAGGCAGCAAAGCGCAGUCUGCUCCCUGCCCACUCGACUUCUCUCUGCUCUCCACGUCCGAGACAGUUUGGGUCACCUACAGGCCUCAUCAGAUCCAGGAAUACAGCUGCCCCGAGGUGUGGAACUGCCCAGGGUGACCCUGGAAGCCAGGCACUGCCUGCUCUGUCCUGGGAUGCUGUCUGCCCAGUUUCCUUUCUGACCCCACCUGCCUCUUCCUGGCCAUAGUCAAGGCCAACACUAGCCCAUAUAUUGCCCUGUGCACUGAGAAAACAGUACCCUUUCCUGGAGAACUUGAUUUCCAGCUGCUGGAAGAUUGUGAUAAUAUACUAGUUUUGUUAAAACGGU